AUGGCGGCCUUCUCCGAGUCGGGGCCGGUGUUUAAAUCACGAUGUGCCCAAGUCGGUUUGGCAUCUGCGGAUGUUGAAAAACUCGAGAAGGUGGGUGUGAAUUCACUCGCAAAGGUCGCUUUCAUGACGAGCUACACGCCGGGCUCCGGCGAUGACAAGGACCUCAUCGCGGCAUUUGAGUCGGCCCUCGGGACGUCGCCCUCUGUAGGGCAGAAAAGCUCCUUCCGAAGGCUAUUUCAUGAAGCUUAUGCUGUUACCACAUCGGAAAUGAAGAUGCUUGUGGAGCGGACGGACGAAUCCAUCCCGAGGAAAUUGAGCGUCCCGGAGAGAUCUGAGCGGUUCGAGGUCGUGAGCAAACGACUUGUGGGCCUUUCCAUCAAGAAUCGUCUUGAGCCUGCUGAUAGCCUUGUUGACUCCUUCGUGUCUCAGUAUGAGCAGGACAAGCUGCAGUUUGUCCCGUGGGAGAAGCUUGUUUCCAAAGAACAAGAGGCCUCAACAGGAGCAAAGCGAGAGCCUUUCUUCUCGCUCGACAGUACUGGCAAGCUCAGAUCAGAGACUAAGGUCGAGGUCCGUGCUGACACGAGCACGGAGCUGCUCUUGCAGCUCGCGCUUCAGAGGCGCGGCAUCGCUAUGGAAAUGGCGAACAUCCUUGACUACCAUCAUCACCACAUGUGGGUCGAGCGCCUUCUUGCGGCGCGCCUCGACGCACCUCCGUCGACGCACAUGCAGCCUACUCUCGAUCAGUGUCAGCAGGCUGACAGAAAGCUUUGGCAGCUUCUCGGAGAAGCAACGCGCUCGGGCAUCCAGCUCAAAGCUGGUGGGCGACCACUCGACGCCAUCUUCGAAGCCACGUGGCAGACACCCGAGGUACUUCAUCUGCUCCAGCCGAUGCCUCGGGCAGCAGGCGCUUCGGUCUCACAGCAGGUGGCACCACCGCCGAGACCGCACGGGCCAGGCCCGUACGAUCGUCCAGGCAAAGGCCGAAAGGGCACUGGAAAAGGUGCCAAGGGGACCAAAGGUGGCGGGAAAGAGGCCGGAUACACGGCCGUGCCAAUCGAUUGGCAUCACAACAAACAACGGACGUGUGUGCACACUUUGCAGCUUGACUUGCGCCUUGACAGCACGUGGUCCUUCCUACGACGCAUUUGCUCGGAGUACAACGUCGCCUGGGUCCACAUGGCUCCUCCAUGCGGUACUGCCAGCAGAGCUAGGGAAUGCGGGCCCGGCCCCAAGCCACUGCGUUCACUCCGCCACGUGCGUGGGCUCCCCGGCCUUCCACCAGUGGAGCAGGCCCGGGUGGAUAGUGCCAACACUAUAUAUGACAACAUGGUGGCCUUCUGUGACUGGUUGUUUCAUGCCAUGCCGCAUGUGCCUUUCUCCGUUGAGAACCCCUUGCAUAGCUACCUUUGGCAGCUUCCGAAGUGGGCCGCGCUGGUUUCAAAGCACUCCUUCGUCACAUUUGACUCGUGCCUCCACGGGUCACAACGCAAGAAGGCCGCGGCCCUUCUCACAAACUCUGAGCAUUUGCACUGCCUUUCCGGACCCUGUCCAGGUUGCUCCUCACAUCUGCCAUGGGGCAAGCAGGGCCGCUCUUUUGCCACUGCUGAGGAGACCAACUAUCCCAAGCUUCUUUGUGAAAGGAUCGUCGCAUGCGUGGAUAAGUCGGCCGCAUCACGAGGCAUUGCGCCAGAACGCCUAAGUAUUUCCAAGGUCUCUGCUGCACGCGCCGCAGGUCAGGUGCAACCUCGUGGCCGAAAGUUCCCGCCGAUCAUUUCUGAAUUUGCUUACACCGUUUCAGUUGGCAGUGCUGAGGCUCCCACUCUCAAUUCCAAGCACUGCCUUUCGACUGCCUGGCAUGGCGUCCCUGCAGGUGCCAAGCUCCUCAGGGAGUCAGUUGAACGGGGAGGUUCGCGACUCCCAGAGGGCAAUAAGUUCUACAUUUUCGGCGUGUAUCGAUCCAUGCAAGCUUUCUUGAACGAGGCAAAGUUAGUUGUGCACCCCUUUGAUUCCGCCAGAUCACUUCCCGAUGAACUUUUGCGAGUCUUGUUCGACACCCUUACGAAGAGCCCGGUCGACACGAUGAGGCACCGUCUUCUGAAGUUACAACAUUGGCGUGCCCUCGCCAAGCAGCUUGAGCCAGAGGAAGAGAAAAUCAGGUCGGCUAUGGACCCUUGUGUGCGGAAGGUCCUCGGGUGUAAACGUAUUGCGCUCAUGAAGAGGGUUGCCGCCGACUUGUCGUGGCCUGACACGGCUCUCUUCGAUGACCUGGCUGCCGGCUUUAAGCUAACGGGGUACUUAGGACGUACGGGGGUCUUCGCUAGCGAUGUUAAGCCUGCCACGAUGGACCUUGACGAAUUCUGGGCCAGUGCUCCCCUUCGAAGGGAAACUCUGCUUGAGAAAGUCAGGGCUCAGAAAGACCAUGAUUAUGCCGAGGAGCUCUGGAACAUGACGCUUGAGGAAUCAAACAGAUCCGGGAAGUGCUGGCUUGACGGUCCGAUUGAUGUUGACUCUUUGGGGGACACCUUCCCCGAAGGCUGGAACGCCUGCCGGCGUUUUGCAGUCUGGCAAGGCAAAUGGCGUGCCAUCGAUGACUUCUCGGAAGCUGCGGUGAACUCUUGCUUCGGUUUGCCGUGCGGCAAAAUCAUCGGGACGCUGACCGCGUCCGUCCUCACUGCAAGACUUAUGACCUUCUCCAUCAUCCUGCUCAGGGAGCCCGGCUCCCGCGCUGUAAAAGCUUUUGUGUGCAACACCCUUCCUUUCGGGGCUUCGGCUUCAGUCAUGCAGUUUAACCGGGUGGCAUUGUUUCUGCAAAGGGUUCUUUGGGAUUUGAGGGUAGCCGUGACUUGCUACUACGACGAUUUCCCGACCAUGACAUCAUCGUUCUUGUCGGGCGGGACGGACAAUGCAGUCCAUGCCCUCAUGGACUUGUUUGGCUUCUCCUUGUCCGAGAAAGAGAAGCCGUUCUCUUGCACUGCAGAAACUUUGGGUGUUGUGCUCGAUACGUCGGAUCCCGACAUGGGGCGCAUCUUUGUAUCGAACAAGCCUGAACGGGCUGCCAUGCUCGAGGAGUCCAUAGGCCGCAUCCUUGAACAAGGCCAGGUAGACACGAGGGAGUUGCCCUCCCUUCUUGGCAAACUUCGCUUUGCAGAUGCUCAGCUGCUCGGCCGCACGGGGCGUUUGGCCCUGGCUGACCUCAGGCUCCUUGGUGACAAAGGUGGUGUCUUGCAGUUGACCGAUUCGCAAUCGAAUGCCUUGGCUGUUUUGAGGGCGAGACUUCUUGCGAGCAGGCCGCGAGCCAUUGCUACGAGCCCGCCUUCGAAUCCAGUUCUUAUCUUCACAGAUGGCGCAUGCGACCCGUGCGAGGGCGGCUUCACCACAGGUGUUGGAGGGAUCCUCUUUGUUCCCGGCAAGGGGGUAGCUAGGGCUUUCGGCUGCAGGGUUCCGACCAAGCUCGUCAGGCAAUGGGCCGAAGGUAGGAAACACAUUAUAGGGCAGGUCGAGCUUUACGCGGUGGUGCUCGCCAGGAUCUUGUGGUCGAGUUACAUCGGCGGCGAAAGAUGCAUAUUUUUCGUUGACCAUUCGGGUGUGUUGAGUGCUUGCAUCAACUCGAACUCGAUCGAUGCAUCGUGGAGAAGCCUGCUCCUCCACCUGGAGGCUGCCGAUGAAGCACGGCCGUGUUUGCCCUGGUUUCAUCGUGUCCCGAGUCAGAGUAACAUCGCGGACCCGCCUUCGCGAGGCAGAUGGGACGAGCUGGCAUUCCUCGGGCCUUUUGCUCGUGACGCGCCGACUUGCUUUGUCACUGGUGAGGCGCUUGAUGCAACGUAA